CUUAAUCAAUUUUACGGUAUUCCGUUCGCUGAGCCACCGGUCGGUGCCCUGAGGUUUGCCAAACCAAAGCCUAUUACAAAGCCUUCGCCCGAUAUCAUCGAUGCGACAAAAAAGAAGACCUCCUGUUUAGGUGGGGAUCAGCCCACCUCUGAAAACUGUCUAUACGUCAACAUAUGGGCGCCCCAUAACAUCACAACUUUAAAAGCUGUUAUGGUUUGGAUAUAUGGCGGGGGUUACAGAGCGGGCUCUAUAUUCUCAGACAUGUAUAACGGCAAGUCAUUGGCCUCUUAUGAUGUCGUGUAUGUGGCCGUGGAUUACAGGUUGGGUUCGUUGGGCUUCCUAUACGGUGGCGAUGAUGAGGAGACCCCCGGGAAUCUGGGACUUUUGGAUCAACUCGAGGGGUUAAAAUGG